AUGGUGUCUACUUUCAGACUGCUUGUACUGGCUUUAGUGCUUGGGAGAAGUACGUCAAAUGAGUGGUUUAAAAAUAUCUCUACCAGCUUGUUUACCUUGCCAGGAGAUAUUUUGAUCGGGGGGCUUUUUCCAAUCAAUCAGCUCACGAGUAACCUAAGUGAACAAAACAAGCCGGGUGAUGUUCAAUGUGCAAGAGUAGAUACAUAUGGACUGGGUCUUUCCAUAGUGAUGAAGUAUGCAGUGGAUGAAGUGAAUGCCAAUCCAAAGCUUUUACCUGGGAUUAAGCUGGGUUAUAAAAUAUAUGAUACUUGUAAACAGACUUCAGUGAUUGUCAGACCCACCAUCUCCUUCCUGACUAAGAAAUCCACGAACAUUUUUUCUGUGCAGUGCAACUACACAGACUAUGAGACUACUAUGGUGGCAGUUAUUGGUCCAAAUGGUUCAGAAAUGGUUUCAGUCAUAGGAAAACUACUGGGAUUCUUUCUCAUGCCACAGAUCAGUUACAGAGCCACAAGUGACCAGUUCAGUGACAAGACGCUGUAUCCGUCAUUCUUCCGCACGGUGCCCAGUGACAAGUGGCAGGUGGAGGUGAUGGUGCUGCUGAUCCAGGAGUUUGGGUGGAAUUGGGUGGCAGUGAUCGGGAGUGAGGAGGCAUAUGGCCAGAUGGGGGUGCAAGAGUUUUCUAAAAUGGCAGAGAAGAGCUCCCUGUGUUUAGCCUACCAGGCCCUGAUCCCGGUCUACACUGACCCAGGACCAACCAUAGAAAUCAUCAUCAGCAACAUUAAAGCCUCCAAAGUCAGCGUCAUUGUGGUCUUCUCUCUACCAGAGCCAGCAGCUGCAUUCUUCAGAGAAGUCAUAAAGCACAAAAUCACUGGUGUGUGGAUUGGCAGCACGAGUUGGGCAAACAACAACAGAGUGACUGACAUCCCUGGGAUCCAGUCUAUUGGGACAGUGAUUGGAUUCACAGACAAGACCCAGAGUGUGGACCUGGUCACAGAAUACACACAGGCACUUCUCACUAAAAUCAGUGAAGAGAACAGAAACGUGACAAGAACAGAUAACCACACUGAUCCCACUAACCCAUGUCCACAGUGUUGGAACCUGUCUCUUGCCAACAUCAGCAUUGUCCAGCAUUCAGCAGUGCAGCAGGCAGCUUUCAGUGUCUAUGCUGCCAUCUACAGUGUGGUACAAGCACUGCACAAACUUCUUCACUGUAAUGACACAGAAUGUGUUUGGAAACCUGAGACUAAGGUCUAUCCAUGGAAGCUCUUGCCAGUUUUGAAAAAUAUUUCUUUUGACAUAAAUGGCACCAAGUUUGAAUAUGACAGCAAUGGAAAUCCAAACAUCGGAUACAAUGUGAUGCAGUGGGUUUGGAACAACUCCAAUCUACAUUUUCGAAAUGUUGGAACUUUUCUGAAAACAUUGUCACUAAACAAAUCUCUUUUUACGUGGCACACAGAGGGCUCAAUGGUGCCAGUGUCGACAUGCUCUGCAGCCUGUGAGUCUGGACAAGUGCGCCGGGUCAAAGGGUUCCACUCCUGCUGCUUCGACUGCAUUGAUUGUCUGCCCGGGACCUACCAGGCCAGCCGCGAUGAUAACCAGUGCACCAAAUGCCCGAGGGGCGAGUGGUCCAUCCUCCGCAGCACGUCCUGCACUGAGCCCACCUUCGAGGUGUUGUCGUGGGACAGGCCAGAGUCUGUGCUGAUGGUGUUGGCUGGAGUUCUGCUGCUGCUGUCCCAGGGCUCAGUGCUGCUCCUGUUCCUCAAACACAGAAGCACCCCGCUGGUGCUGGCCUCAGGAGGACCCCUGGCCUGUGUGGCACUCCUCAGCCUGAUGGGGGCAUGCUUGAGCCUGGUGCUGUUCCUCGGACAGCCCACAGACACAGUGUGUCUUCUGCAGGUGCCCCUCACCUCCAUUUGGCAAACAGUGGCUCUGUCCAUCAUCACCUCCAUCUCUCUACAGAUCUUCUUUGUGUCGGAGUUCCCUGAGCGGGCGGCCCCUCACCUGCACACUAUCCGGGGUCCAGGCAGCUGGCUCCUGGUGUUGUCCUGCUGUGUGGCUCAGGCUGGCAUCUGUGCCUGGUUUGUGCAGGAGGGCUCCUCUCUCUCAACCUACAUGAAGAACAUGGAGAUAAACUUUGUGAGUUCGUUCCUGACAUGCCCAGUGGAGCCUCUGAUAGGCUUCGCUCUGUUACAGGGCUUUAACGUGGUUCUGGCACUGGUCUCCUUCAUGUGCACCUUCAUGGCUGUGAAGCCUCUGCACCAGUAUAAUCUGUCCCGAGACAUCACCUUCUCCUGCCUCAUCUACUGUGUCCUCUGGGUCACCUUCAUCCCCAUUUACAUUGGAUUGAAGGACCAGAUGAAGUCCAUAGUUCACGUCUCUUUUUCUCUCGCCAGUAACUUUGGGCUCAUGGCAUCUUAUUUUUUCCCCAAGUGCUAUCUGAUGGUGAGAAAACCUGGCCUUAAUACAGCAGAGCAUUUCUGCACCAUUCUGGAGGGAGUGCCCCCAACUCCUCCUCAGGACGAGCCACAGCCCAAAACUGAGACUGAAUCUGUGCAGUAACUUGUUUAGCUACAUACAAUAGAGCAAUUGCUAGUUUAGAUUGAGUGGCACUGUAAAAUGGUGAACAUGCUUUGGUAGGUGCUGUAGCACAAUAUUCAUUUCAUGAAAUAUUGUUUGUCCAUCAUCAGUCUUUGUACUCUACUCAUCUAAUUAAUGAGUGUCUAAUGAACACAUAUUUUGUGUUCAGCUCAAGAGAAACUACUAUGAGCAAGAAAUCUGUAAAUGCAUGUUAGAGUAUAUUGUUGAGUACCCAAAUCAUUGUGUGAGAGGUUUUAGCCUGCCUCUUAUGUGACGGCUAGCAUCCCUGAGAAUUUGCACGGGCCACAGGCAGUAAUCAUCUUAUGUAAACAACAAUAUUAACAAUGUAAUAAAAAUGCAUGUAUUUGUUUAGGAUUCUGCGUUGAAUAUAAAAUUACUCAUUUCAAACCAAUAUUCAAAAUCAUUACACAUUUGUAAUAAUCAUUAUGUAACCCACAUGCAGUGCACAAGUAGUUUAGUAUCCUUAUUGUGUGUUACCUCUCAUACAUCAACAGCAUCCAUGUUUUAACUAAUACAUUGCA